AUGUCUAAUAACUGGUCCUUGGUAUACCAUAAGCUCUUCCCGGGCCCCGGGUACACGACAGGUUCUGUACUCGUCGGGCACUUAGAGGAUUUCGUCGAGGAACUAUGCCUGGAGUGCGCUCAUCCAAAUCAAAGCAAUCGACUAGAUUCCUUACGGCAGUUUCAACAGGAUUUACGGGGCUUGGUGGCGGAAUGUGAUUGGCUACAUGACCUUGAGACAUCGCGCUACUUUGACCGCAGGAUCUAUGAGUUAGACUACAGGGCUAUGUGUUGGAACUUGAGUGGUAUGAGGAAGUGUUUGGUUCAGGAGCUUACUGACUCGGUCUGGAACAGGCUCUACACCCAUUUUAAUCGGUUCCUGCGACAUUUACGCACUUUGAGCUUCAUGAAGCGCGAAACCAAGGAGCUGCAGGAAGCACUUGCCGGGUCAUUUCACAGGGCCGCCAACAUUACCCUUCUCCCGAAUGACAAAAGCGUCCAGCUCAAGUGGUUUCUUUACGCAGCCUGUAAGACACGAUACCCACGGGCUGACCCCAGGCUCUGGGUGCAGAUCAGCAACCUCAUCCGGGCGCGUCGCAGAGCCAUUACGUGCCAACCAGGCCAUCAUUAUCCGCGCGCGACGGCCGAUUUCACUCGCACCAUUGAGCUUCCUCCGAUCCCCGGGAGACUACCUGGUAAGCCCUUCAUUCGGUGCCCUUACUGUGAGCACCGAUUUCUAUCCCGGAAUAUUAGUCAAUCGGAGUGGAGACGCCACCUGAUGCACGACCUGCGGCCCUAUCUCUGCAUGUGGGCGCUGUGUCCACACACGUUCAGCUCCAUUGACGCUUGGCUGAACCAUCUCAAGGACGCCAAUGCCCACCCUGCGAAGCUUCUGGCUUCAUUCUUGAGCGAAUGCCCCUUCUGUGGUAUUCCUUGCGCCGAUUCCCAGUGGUCCUCGGUGGAGAAGCUGCUGAGACAUAUUGCAGGACGUCAUCUGGAGGAGAUUUUUCUGUUGGCACUUCCGGGGGGCCCGACGGAUCUGUUCUUGAAUGUCUUUCUGAGAGAAGAGAAGAUUAGCCUGGAGCCUUACGAGACUCCUGAGAUUCCCGAGGCUCAUGAGGCUGAUUAUAUGCCUUUCGGGAGCCCAGAGGAUGAUGAAGUCGAAGAGAGUGUUGACACAGAGGAAGACGACGGCCUGACCUCUGAGGGAGUCCGCUCUCCUCGCUCCUUAAUUUAG